CGGGAGUGAUGUUUGGGGCUAUCCUAUGAGAGAUUACAGUAGUCGAUCAAGGUUGUAUCUACACCCAUCAUAUCGCCCAUCAAUCUAUCAAGAAGCAUUUCAAUCAUCUCUAUACCUACAUCUCGUACCGCUGUUACCACAUUUCCAGAUGUCUCAAUCGGACGGAGAAACCUCAUCAUAUGAAGCUCAGAAUGAGCUCAUUGCGGAUCCGGGUUACGAGUCCAGCACUGGAGAGCGCGACAAUCCCUCUUGUGCUCAUUUUCGUCGCUUCGAACCUGUCAGGAGGACCAUAAAACCGAGGCUAGUGCAUGAAACCCGUGACAGUGCCUGUCUUGACCUACAUCCCGCUUGUCCACAGAGGCAACGCUAAGCUUCUCAACCGUCAAGGUCGCGCGAUAUGCCGUAUCAUGUCGUCUCUGGACUGGGAUCCCGAGGUCAUUGGGUACAUCUUCGGUGUUUCGAGUUCUACGGUGGUUCGCGCCGUGGAAAACGUCUUUUAUACGCCGCGCGAUCGCGUGGAGGAAGACUUCGAUCGGGUCGGUGAAGAGUACCAGACACACGCACCGCGGCCGCCAGCGGACCAGAUGGAGCGAUUGAGGGCCAUCAAGAAUGCAAACAGGGACGAGGAAGGGGAAGAGCCUGUGGUAGUUCCACCCCGCACAAAACGCACCGUCACUUUCUCCUCCCGACCCGCCAAUGUGGAAGGAGACCUGGCUUCGGUUCGAAAACGGUUUAAGCCCACUCCAGUCGCUAGCUCGGAUUCAUGUUCAGAGCAGCAUACCAGUUCUUCCUCACGCCAGAAUAGCGGUUUCUACGGCGCAUCGACAGGCACGGUAUUCACGUCAGCUUCGCAGAGAGCGGAUAGUCGCGAGUCCUUUCUUAGCUCUCUGUCAUCCUCGCCAUCCAUCACACCUCCUAUCUGGACGCAAAUGACUCGCGAUCAUCCUCCAGUUACGUUUUCCCAUGAAUUGCUCCCACCGCUCGAGGGCUUCGAUCCUCGAAAGCACGUCGAAGUCUUCCACUCGAAGGGCCUUACAUCAGCUCACCGGCUCCGUACUUUGGCCCUCUGGCCUCGGAAUAUGAUUCAGGAGACGGUAAAGCGCAUGUUUCUUGGUGCGCAGGGAAUGUCGGCCAUGGACAUAAUCUCGUUCGAGAUAGCCUUGGGCCAGAUGAAAAAAAAAUCUUCCGCCGCACAGCAGUCUGCUAUCUUAGCGUCCUCGCGCCUCUCCUCUUCCCCGCCGCCAACUCUGCAUAGAUUCCUGUUGAAUGUGAUGGGGCUGGAUCUCUCGUUGCACCAGAACCUCCUGAUAGCCCAAGGCAUCGACAUACAAACGCUUUGCAAGAUGACUGAAUGGGAUCCGGAGAGCUUGCGCGAUGCCCUCGAGCGAAUGCUGGGCGAAGGAGGGAGCUUGCUUGCGGAAGGACAGGUAGGUAUGGUUGGCUUUGAAGUUCUGGCGUUGGAAUGGGAGUUAAGGAGAACAAAAUUGAAAUGAUUCAUAAACAUGUACCCAGUGCCUAUAAAUUUGACGAGGAUGAAAUACGCAGGAUCGAAAGAAAUUUCAGGGUGUGAUACAAUACAAUGCAAAAUGUGAUUGGAGUGGGAUUCGAACCCACGCCCUUUCGGACUAGAUUGCAUGUUGUCACACAAAUUGUUCUCCUGAGGAGAUAAUCCUUAGUCUAGCGCCUUAGACCGCUCGGCCAUCCAACCCUGGCACGGGGAAUCUGGGUACCGUUCAGCAUGCGCAGGCAAGCAGAUCUUUACAAUAUUUACAGACGUGAACGAUCUCACUCUUGGACCCACUUCCUAUGACUGCCUUGAGGAUGAUCCUGGCUAAUCUCAUUCGAUCUACAUCAUUCAUCAAUCCCCGAUCAAUCCUGUCAUCAUUGUUGUUGAUGAUUUGGUUAGCUUCCUGUGAAUUGUCCGCCAAGACCGAUUUUGGCCAACAGUCCUCGAGCAGCAGCUCGUCGACACAUAUCUCUGCUUCCUCAAUACGAAAGGGACCAAAACGAUCCCUUCCACAUUGCUGCUAUUUAAUAGCUUCUCUGCACGCUCAACAGGUCAAAGUGUUACGUGCCUUGAUGCGCUUUGACGCGUUUUUGUCUUGCCGAGCGCGCUUUGGCGGAUCGUCGAGAACAAAGCAAGGGCGUGGGUAUAUGCAUUUAAGGCCAGAGACAACAAUGUCGUCUGCCCACGGCUUGCCUCACCCCACCACCGCUCUCGAUUACCCAUCCCACAGCGAUGUCUGACUCCCAAUCUGAAUUCUCUAACGACGCGCACGAUGAACAGCCAAAGUCCUGCUGGCCUCACGUUUUCUUGGGCGUUGCGGCCUGCGAAGUCGGUCUUCUGCUCUACCUCUAUCCUGCCCGUCUGUUUGCGCCCACCCUUCUCACCCCGCUGGUCGUCUUCGUCACCCUCUUCUACAUGUUCCGCGCCGACAUCCCUUUCGUUGGAGGCCCUCCCGAUCGCGCCGAAUGCUCGAGCGAGCUGGACACGGUCGCUAUAGCGAGGGAGUACCUCACCGCGCAUGGCUAUCCGCCAAACACCCCACCCCAGGAGCUCUUCGCGCGCUGUCGGGGCCAGCUCGAGGCUCACGGAUACGUGCAGGAGGGCGAGAUGGUCGAUGACGACCGGGCGCUGAUGUACGUCGCGGCCGUCUUGCAAGUGACACACAAGGCUACGGAGUGCGAUCGGAUACGCCUCCAACUCUGGAUGAAGAGGACCCUGUGCAACUUCCUCAGGAUAGGUUUCAGAGAUGUCCAACCUUGUCCCGACGUAGCGGAAGACGAGUUCCUGCUCUCCGUGAGCGAUGAAUGCCUAGCAGACCGAGACGACACAGACGCCGUAUGGGCCUUCUCGGGCUUGCAGGUGGCGCUUGUCUGGGCGUAUUCCUCGCUUCCGAUUCUCCUUUUCGGCGUUCUCCCCCUCGUCCUGCUCUCGCUCAUUGUCCUGCGGUUCCGACAUGCCUUGUUCCCCAGGCGUAAAGCGAUCCCGCCGGCCUACCAGCAACUCCGGCAUCUCGAGCUGAUCGACGACGAAACUGUGGACCAGUUCCUCGAGCAGUUCGCUCCAGAGAUCUUGAGUGCGAGUACCUCCGACAUUGCCGAGGGCUACAAGCUGGACCCCGCGCCAAUCGAUCGAGGGGACGCCUUGCAUAGGGCGGCACAGAUUGUUCUCGAUGAGAAUCUCGAUCUGUUGGACAAGCUGGACCGAUGGGCGAUACUCUUGUUCUUCGAUUGGGUCUGGUCAAUCGUGGUCAGGCGGGACUUGGAGGAAGGCGGCGGCGAUCAAGGUCGUGAGAGGAGCUCUGCGCCGGAACCAGAAUCACACCAAGGUCUCAUGUAUCGAGAUCUGCCGUUCCAACCAGCGAUUGCGGCACAGGACUAUGCCUGUUCUUUCGAGGCAGAGCAAGUUGAUGGAACUCGAGAAUGCUAUCAGGAACUGAGGCAGCCGGCAAUGGUCUACCCGCCACUCGAUAACCCACUGCGCGAUGCCUCUCUGAUGACCCAGCUUCCCUACGUUGCACAACCAUCCUUUGCUCCGGGCGACUUCCAACAGUUCGGCGUAUCUGGAUUUCACCACCCAACGCUCGACGCCUCGGCGAUGGGAGCCUUCAGGGCAUCGGUUCCGUCGUCGCAGCUACCAUUCGGUUCUCACUCUCAGCCGCCUUUUACUGAAAACGAAGUGGGGAAAUGGAUCUUUGUGCCACACGGUUCGACCGUCCUCGCCCCCCCUCACCCUUACCAGCCUCCACCUCUCCCAAUGCCGAGUCUCCCAUCAAACCCAUGUACUCUUGCUCCGUUCCGCUACACCCCAUCGCGGUGUCGGAUAUCCAUGUCGCCAAAGAAAGUGAAGGAGCUGCUGUUAUUCCCUUGCUUCUCGACAUCGGGUCUGCCCGUGACCGGUCCCCCUGGUGGAAUGUGUGUUGAUCCUCCCCGUGGACGUCGUAGAUCAUGAUUCUCGCUCUUCUGUUUCGUUCCUCUUGCUAUGUGUAAAUCGCUGUAUUGUAGCUCCCAUUUGCCUCUGUCCCUGUCACUAUCUGUAUUCACGUCCUCGUAGUUUUCCGUGUGUAUUACAAUGGCCCCCCGUUUUUGCGUC